CCUAUAUUUUGGCCAGGUGCCGGCCGCCGCCCCCCGCUCCCCCCUCCUCGCGCGAGCGCCGCCGCCCCUCCCUCCGCCACACGUAGGUAUCUAUAUCUCCCAUUCGAUUCUCUCGGUCCCGACCUCCCAUCACCCCACGAGGGCACGAACCCUUUAGUUCCCCUUCCCCAAUUCGUAACUGAGGCAAAAAUCAAGGUAGGGCGGCCGUGGAUGCUGACAUGUCUGCCGUAGCUGCUGUUGAUGCUGAGAUGUUCGCCCCGGCUGCUAUUGAAACUGAGAUGGUUACUGCAGCGCCUGUCGAAGUUGAGACGAGUACUGUAGCCUCUGUUCAGGCUGCGCUGAGUUCUGAGGUCUCGGUGAAUGAGGAAGGUGGGGGAAGCAAGGGGGUGGAGGAGAGCAAGAUCGAAGACUCGGAAAGUAGUGAGGAUGAGGAAGAUGAGGAAUCAGAUGAAUCCUCGUCCAGCAGUGGUGAGGAAGAGGAGAUGGCCAAGGAAGAAGUGGAGUCGAGUGAUGCCUCAUCGAGCAGUGAUGAUGAAGUGUCGAUGGCCAGAAAACAAGGAUCUGCUACUGACAUGGAGGCCCUUCUGGAAGAGGGUGAGUUGAUGGUUGGGAUUGAUGAUGAGGAGGAGGAUGAAGCACGAAAGGGUCCUAUCAAGUCAAAAAAUGAAGUGAAGGUACUUCCUCCGGUUCCAAAGAUUGAAGUGCAGUUGGAGCCACAUCAUAAGGCACUUCCAGUGGGAGCAAUUUCAGCUAUCAUGGAUGAGAGAGUGAUCGUUGAAGGGUCAGUGCAACACAGUCCCCUCACUGAGGGUUCUAUACUCUGGAUAACUGAAAGCAGGACACCACUUGGCAUUGUUGAUGAGUUAUUUGGACCUGUAAAAAACCCGUACUAUCUUGUGCGGUAUAACAUUCCGGAAGAAGUGCCAACUGGGAUCACUGCAGGAACUACUGUCUCUUUUGUUGCCGAGUUUGCAAACCAUAUCCUAAAUAUGAAGGAGCUAUAUGCGAAAGGCUAUGAUGAAUCUGCUGACCAUGAUGAGGAGGCAGAUGAACCUGAAUUCUCUGAUGAUGAGAAGGAGGCUGAGUACAAAAGAUCACUACGACUGUCGAAAAGGCAGACUGAUAGACAGCAUGAGUCUAAGAAAUCUUUUGGUGAUAAGAAGAGGGUGCAGCCCAGGGGUGCUGGAUUCCGAAAGGAUAUGCCACCUCGGGUCCAUGAUUCACCGACACUUGGUCAACAAUCACAGCAUCGUUUCCACCACUCAGAUAUGCCUCCUGCUGUUGCUGACAACGUGACCCGACGGUCAGGUCCUCAAAACUUUCCUAUGAGUGCACCAACAAUGCUGCCACCAAUAUCAAUGAAUCAUGCUAUGCCAUCAGCUGUUCAACUUGCAAAUCAGAUGGGAAGUUGCUUCAUCAAUCCAUCACAGCAGUUCUCUCCUCAGCAGCAGAACAUGGUUUGGCCUGGCGGGCUUCCGCCUCCACAGCAGCCAAACAUAGGAGUUGACGGAGCUGCUUUUGCAGCUAAUUUUAUGCAGAAUAUACUUAUUGGAGCCAACCAAUACCAGCAAUAUUUACAGAAUCAGAAUUUUGGUGGCUUCCCAAAUGGAAUGCCGAUGGCCCCACCACAUUUUAUGCCAGGAAGCGGAAUGCCUGUAAAUCCGAUGCAAUUUGGUGGGCCACCAGUAAACCAUCCAUUUGGUCCGGGAUCUCAAAAUAUGUGCCAAGACAACUUUGGUCCAGCAUCUCAAAAUAUGGGGCAAGGCAACUUUGGUCAGCUUCCACACAUGGCUUGCGACCAAGGGCCGCCUCCUGGCUUUCCCAAUGCCCAAGGAUAUGGGGGCAUCCCGUCACUGCAUGAAAAUGGAGAUCAGCCUCCUGGGUUUCCAAGCACACAAGGAUAUGGGCGCCUCCCAUCACCGCAUGGAGAUGGUGGUCAGCCUCCUAUGCAGUUCAAUUCUGGGCAGUUUAAUCAGGGGAACUCAUCCUUCCGCGGCAGAAAGCCACAGCAACGUGGAGGGCGACAAUCACGAGGGAGAGGUGGCGGUGGCCGGCAUCGCAAGUAGUUAAUGGUGGUACUUGUACCCUGGUGCAAUUUUGACUCGUCUUGAGUAAACUUUGAUUGAAUCCAAGUAUGCUGCUCCCAUGUAUUCACAAAUGAGAGCUGUGUUUCUUGUUGUAAUGCCCACCCAUCCAUUGAUAGCUGCUGAGAUAUCUUGCUUGCUGCAGACUGUAUGCUUGAUGUCUCUUGCUUAGUUGCUUAUGUACAAUUUGUUACAAUCUUUUCGGUGGUAUCUUUCUGUUUCUUAUGUAUCCAAUUGUUGUUUGGAGGGAUAUGGUUAUUUCUGAGAUCUUGCAGCAUUAGGCAUGUUGUCAUC